GUCCGUGGGGCGGGGACGCGGCGGCGGCGGCGGUGGCGGCUCCGUGUCGCCGGAGCCCGAGCGCGCAGGCCCGUCCCGGCGGCCAGGGGGCGGGCGGGGUAGGGGCGCCAUGUGGUUCAUGUACGUGCUGAGCUGGCUGUCGCUCUUCAUCCAGGUGGCCUUCAUCACGCUGGCUGUCGCCGCUGGACUCUACUACCUGGCAGAACUAAUAGAAGAAUACACAGUGGUCACCAGCAGAAUCAUAAAGUACAUGAUCUGGUUCUCCACGGCUGUGCUGAUUGGCCUGUACGUCUUUGAGCGCUUCCCCACCAGCAUGAUUGGUGUGGGCCUCUUCACCAACCUCGUCUACUUUGGCCUUCUCCAGACAUUCCCCUUCAUCAUGCUGACCUCGCCUAACUUCAUCCUGUCGUGCGGACUAGUGGUGGUGAAUCAUUACCUAGCAUUUCAGUAUUUUGCAGAAGAAUAUUAUCCUUUCUCAGAGGUCCUGGCCUAUUUCACUUUCUGCCUGUGGAUAAUCCCCUUUGCAUUCUUUGUGUCACUUUCGGCUGGAGAGAACAUCCUGCCCUCAACCAUGCAGCCUGGAGAUGACGUGGUCUCCAAUUACUUCACCAAAGGCAAGCGGGGAAAACGCUUAGGGAUCCUCGUUGUCUUCUCCUUCAUCAAAGAGGCUAUUCUACCCAGUCGUCAGAAGAUAUACUGACCCCCUUGGGGAGGGCAUGUGGGGACAAGAUCAGGAGAGUUAGGCCCCUGCGCCUCUGUGCUAGUAGGGGCCAGGAACCUGGAGGGCACUACUGCAGGCCUGGACUUCCCUCCCCUCAGUUCUGAAGCCCCAUCCCCACCCUCCUUGGGGCUCAGCUUGGCUUGGAUCCGAUGCUGCCAGGGGCUGUGACCUCAAAGGGCACCAGGAGGGUGGCAGAGCCUACUUAGCCAGAAGGCCAUGUCCCUGGCCCUCCUUCUCCCCUUCCAGUAGGGGCAGCAGGGUAGGGUCUGUGAAGCUGGAGAAGGCUGAUGAUAACUUCUCUGGGCAGAUGGCCAUAGGGACAGCCAUGGCUUGGCAUUUCCAAGAGAAAUGGGUUUUUUUGCUGUUGAACUGUGAUUUUUGUCUAAUUGCUGGUUCCCAUUUGAAUAAAGUUUCUAGGUGGCAUUGUUUGCCUUAAUACCCCAAUAGUUCAUCUUUUCUUCCUGCUAACCUUUGCCUGGACUGAGCAUCUUCAUUCUGCAGGGUCUCCUCUUGUGGGCCUGGGCUUCCCUUCCAAUGGAGCUCUUCUUGUAGCCCUUAGUGAGAAGGGAGCGGAGAUGAGCAGCAGAGCCUGGGUAGGGAGUGGGGUAGGGGUGAAGGCAGUCUUUCUCAUGCACCUCCCUCUUCUUCCAGCUCUUCUUUCCCCAAGGCUCUGUGAUUAUCACGCUGGGAAUAGGAGAGGAGUCAUUUUAGGACUGGGUCUUUCAGGUGUACAUGUACAAUAUCUUAUUUGAGGAAAAGGAGUGGUAUCUGGUAAAAUUCUAUCUCAAGCUCAAGGAAAAAUUAAAAUUGGCUUUCAGGAAGCCUGGGCUAUAGCCUGUUUUUUUAAGAAAUGGGGUUGUUGGGCUAGGCUGUCUGUCACUCUAAGCACAUGAGGUCUCUGUUGUGUGUGCUCCUGGCUCCUGACACCUAAAAAGGCAGGCUACAGCAUUUGUUGACCCUGCACUCCCAACUACAGUGCCUUGCAAGUGCUUAACAAAUACAUAUUGGAAUGAAAUCUCCAUGACAGCCGUCACCUGCCAUGUCCUAUACCUCACAGUAAGUCUGGCAGGAACAGAGAUGGACUGCACAUGUGGCACCUCUAUGCUACUGGAAAGACCCGUGUGCUUGAAGACUUUCUGUGACAUGCCUGAAGUCCUUCAUGGCCCUUCAAUUUACUUUUCCACUUCUGUUCUCUUAAAAAGGUCAGCCUUCCCCUUUCCCUGGGAGGACUGGCACAUUUUAGUCUUCUCAUGGGAGAGAGGUUGCCAGGCCCUUUUCUGCUAUGCAGAUGGGUAGAUAAGGUAAGGGGCACAAAACACUGUCCUCAUUGAUGGCUGACAGUGGCCCCAGUUCUCCUGUGCUAUCCUUUUCUUUGUUACUCUGAUGGUGUGGUUUCACCCCUUUCCUUCACUCUACCACCAGUCAGUGCUCCCAGGACCAUCCAGGGAUCUUCACAGGCUAAAUCCUGUGGAAUUCUCACACCCUUAACACCAGGUGGCAUGGCUUAUUACUGCCUGCUUCUUGAAUUAUACUUUCCUGGUACUUCUGUGGCUGGCUGGCCCUCUACCUCUGGCUGUCUACAGUCUCUUGUGCAGGCUUCUCUCCUUGCCCCAGGCACAUUGGGGCCUCUCAGGGUUCUGUUUUGGGUCCCUGGAGAAGCCCAUCAAUGUUGAUGGCUUCAGGGACUCUGGAGGAACACAGCAUUGACCUCCAGCCCCAGCAUCCCUCCUAUCUUCUGAAGUUCUGUCUCCUGGGUACACAAAUAACACAUCCAUGGCCCAGACGGCAUCUGCUGCAGUCCUCCAUCACCUUAUCCCUUUGGAACCUGCGUUGGCCCUAGGAUCAUUCAAGAGCCAGAUGGAACAUUUGCUUUCUAUCCUCACAUUCUCAUUUUCAUACAGCCAGUCUCUGAAAACUGUCAAGUCUAUCCUAACAUCUCUUGGUUUGAGCCAUUCCCACAGUCAUCAACUUUCCCUUGGUUUAUUGGGCAACCUCCUAUACUUAUCCCAUGCCAGCUGGAGUUCUUUCUAAAAUGUACAACUGACCAAGUCACUCCUAGUCUAAAACCUUCUAUGGCUCCCACUGCCCUUAGGAUAAAGUCCAGACCCCUUGAUGUGGCUUGAGACUCCUAGCAGCAACCCUGCUAACCUCUCUGGCCUCAUCACUUGCCUUUUUGUGCUAUGGGUCUCAGCUUCUGGAAUACAGAGAUACUGUAGUUCUCUUGCCACUUCGAUUCUCCUUUCUACUAAUCACAUUGGUACUUUCUCAAGUUAUUAGAUUUUACUUCCUCCAAGAAGCUUUGAAUAUCUCCUCCCCUCUCCCCACUUGCAUUGCACCCCACAGAUCAUUCCAGGCUUGUUUGCCUGCUUUAUGAUCUGUCUCCCAACUAGGCUGUAAGCUCCUUGAGGGCAGGGACUAUUCUUGGAUUUUUGUAUCAACAGUGCCUAGUUUGUUACUUGGCACAUGAAAAGCACUCAAUAAAUGUUUGUUUAAUGAA